AGUUCUUCUCAAUACUGUAUCGUCAACCGACCGAAUAUAACGCACGCAACGCUCUUACUACUUACAAAAUUAAUUAAAUUUUGGAGAAGUUACCCUCAACAAUAGAGCCAAUAUUCCAGUUCAAAUACAAACCCAAAUUACACUCAAAUCAGUUGCGUCGAGUUUUAUCACAAAUUUCCCUUUUACACUUCUUCAGCAUCUUAAUUUUCGUGCCCAUUUCAACACGAUUUCUUCUUUAUUUUAUUAAUUUGUGACCAAAAGUUGUUUGAUUUUUCUUUUCGGUUGAAUCUUCCACAUAAAACAAAAGGGACAUCCAUCUCAGUUUCACAGUUUUCCACAAUCAACGAAAUAAAAAAGAACAAACAGUGUUGAAGAAAUAAAUUACAUUAAAAAAUAAAUAAAUAAAAAAAGAGUAAAAGCAAAGUGUGUGUUAUGAAAUAAUAUUUAAAAAAAAAUAAAAGGAAUUCCAAGGAAGAUUGAGAGAAAGUAAUUCGAUAAUAAAAGUAGUGAAUUUAGAGAAUUUUCGACGUUUAAUUUUUUUUAAUUGUAUUUAAAUGAGAAAAGGAGUGUAAAAUACGCGUAACCGAAAGUGUUUUUUGUAUUUUUCUACUUUUAUAAUUCUGUUGUAAUAUUUGCGAAAAAAAACGCAUAUUAAAAAAAAAGAAUAAAAAGUCUCUAUACUAAAAAUACUUUAGUAAAAUAACAAAAAACUGAAAGAUAAAAAUAAAAAAUCUUAAGAAAAUUAAAUAAAAUCCCAGCUCUAACGACAAGAUAAAAAAAUUUGGCUGAAAUCCUGCAGUGAAAGAAAAGUAUAUCGGGAGAGUGCUGUUGAUUUAUGUUGAUAGCAGAACAAACUGAUUUAUCAUAAGAUCAAUAAAUACAAAUUACCAAAAAUCCAGACAAGGUGAUCGUAUACGAUUGCUGUGGCGGAAAUAAUUGUAAAAUUGGCAGAACAUCUGCUUGUGAUUGAAUUACCCACCCACCCGCGUUUUGCAAAUUGCUGACAGCAAAAGAUGCAUAUAGAAAUUCAAGUUGCACUCAAUUUUGUCAUAUCCUACCUGUACAACAAAUUACCACGUCGCCGUGUGAAUUUAUUUGGCGAAGAGCUUGAAAAGGCGCUCAAGGACAAAUUUCAAGGCCACUGGUACCCGGAAAAACCCUUCAAGGGUUCUGCAUUUCGUUGCUUGAAAACAGGAGACCCUACUGAUGCUGUUCUCGAUAGAGCAGCCAGAGAAAGUGGUAUUCCCAUCAAUGAUAUCCUCGAGAAUCUUCCAUCAGAAUUGGCUGUCUGGGUCGAUCCUGGAGAGGUGUCCUAUCGCAUUGGUGAAAAAGGAGCCAUCAAAAUUCUUUUCUCAGAAACCAGUGAACAUCACGAGGAUUCCUCUUCAGCUGAUCGUGAAGUUACGAAAACAUUCAAUCCAGAGGCACAAUGCUUCCGGCCUAUAGAUGCGGUCAACUCGAGCUUCGGCACACUCAGUAUAAGUCCAAAGACAUCACCCAAUGGAUCACCCCUUACAUCCACUGGGAGCCCAACAUUCAAGAAUGGUGCUCUGACAACAAGUCCAGCACUCGGAAACGGUGCUCCGUCAUUCCUGCCACGUACCCAGGCACCACUCACCUUCACUACGGCCACAUUCGCUCAGACCAAGUUUGGCAGCACCAAAUUGAAGACAAGCUCUAAAAGGGCUAACAGGCAAUUCCCAUGUAGGAUGUCCCCUACAGAAUUCUCAAACUACAUUAAGCAACGUGCCAUGCAACAGCAGCAGCUGCAUCAUUCGCAUAGCCACAAUGGCACCAACGGGAAUCACUUAGGCCCCAUUGGACCAGCUUCCCCAUCGCGCUCUAUUUCUCCGAAUCCACUCACCCUGGGGAUCGGUAGUGAUCCGUACUUCUUCCAGAAUCUUAACAUGAGCAUGUAUCCCCAAUUUGGAGGUCCACGCAGUGGAUUCGGGGACUCUGGGCACUUUGGGGCUCACCCACCGGAUAUGUACUCAUCGCCAAUGGGCAAAUUCAAUUCAUACCAGGAGCCACAUAACUUCUAUGGCAAUGGUGGUCUGACAAAUGGUCAGCAGGGGGUUGUAGGUGGUACUGGUGGGCUCACGGGUAGUCCAUCGGCUGGUGGCACUUCGGAUACUGCAACACCAUCCAAUGCAGCUGCCACAUCCACCCAGAGCGCCGAGGGCACAUCUCCCGGUACCAGCGAUAGCGCAAAGCUCCUCGACGGUCUCAACUCCUUCUACAGCAAUGCAGGUCCGUAUCAGCAUCUCUUAGUCGCAAACUAGACAAUGUAUAGACACACAAAAUCGGUUGCCACAUAAUUUAUUUUUCUACACUAUGUUUUGUACUUUUUUAUUGAAAAGAAAUACAUGAAUAUAAAAUAUAUUGUGUACAUAAUGGAGCGUGCGGCAAUCUAUUUGGGGGAUUGCUCGAUUGGAUAACUAACUCACUGAAACACUUGUUAUCGACUGGGGGAUGAUGGUUAUAAUCAUUUUUUUCUACAUAGUGACUCGAAUUGAUUAGAUGCGAAAAAAAAACAAAGUUAUCGUAAAAGAAAAACAUAACACAGGGUAAAUAAAGUGAGAAUUGAGCAGAAAUAAAUCGAUGGUUUCUUUUUUCGUGGUGCUCCGCUUAUGGAGUAACUUUGGAGAAAGAAUGAUAGAAAAAUUCACGUGUCAUAUAGAUUUUUGUCUGUUGAUUUUUAGUUUCCUUUUUUUCACCAUCUUCUUUAAUUGCAACAGAAAGAAAACGUUGAUUCUGUGUAGUAAAGAAAAAAAUCUUUCAAAUUGAAAAAAAAAAAAAAUGAUGAAAAUGAAGAGAGUUUAGAAAAGAAUCACCCACCAAAUGUAUCACUAACUACAUGCAAUUACAAAUGCAAGAGAAAUUGAUAAAUAAAAAAAAUGUAAAUAAUUUUAUUUACAUUUUUAAAUAAAAAGUUUAAAAUAAUUUUUUACAUACAAUAUUGGUGUAAAAGAUUUUUUAUGCAUAAAGAAAACCAAAAAAAAUGUGAAAAGAAUGAUAAAUGGAAAAUGUUGAAACACGUAAAUGAAAAUUUUGCCGUCUCCUUAAACUACAAAAAAAGAAGUGCGAAAAAAGAUUGCUGAAAAAGUUUUUAGAAAACACUGUUGAGUCUUACAAACUACACACUUUGGUGACGAAGAAGAUACUAAAAAGGAAAUAAAAAAAUAGGAAUAGGAAACACUGUAAAGAUGGAUUUUACCUUUACGGCAAACUUUAAGAUAGUUUAUACUUUAUUUUUUCACUUGCUUCGUAUUGAAUACGAUUAUACAGAUUUAAAGGAAAUAAGAAUGAAGAAAAAAAUACAUAGGACUAUAUUCUUUUAGAGAAGACAUUACAUAUUAAAUAAAGCAUAGACUAGGAUAUAUUUUAGCAGAGCAUGUAAGACCUGUUUAUAAAAAAAAUAUAUUGUAGACAUUUCAUAAAAAUUAACAAAAAUAUUCAUAAAUAAAUUUCAUUGAUAGUCAUGAAGAGAAAUGCUACAAAAAUAUACCUAUAUAUAAUAAAAAACCUACUAUAAGUAUAUAAUUUUUCUACGAUUUGUUACCACUUUUUUUUGAAGAAAAUUAUUCUUUUUUCAUUUACAUAAUUUUUUUUAUUUUUCUAGAAUGUAAAUUAAUUUUUUUUGUAUAAUGUAGUGAUUGUUUUCCAAACUCAAUGUCGUCCAUUUAACACUGAAGAUAUUUUUACAUUAUUAUU